GGAAAGUUAGGCAUGUGAUGAACUUUUGUCUGAGUGGUUAUACUGCAGACCAUGCAGAUAAUUUCCUGAUGUACAGACUGUUACCAUAAGUGUGCUGUUUCGUACUGCUCAUUUUGUGUAGGAACAAUUUUCUUUCAGAAGGUUGUUUGAUAAAGCUGUAACAGGUAGAAAUCUGGUUGAGAGUGACCAACUUGGAUUUCCCUUAUGGUCAUUCUCACUUUUCACUGAAAGAAUGCUCCAUCUUUGUUCAGUACUGUGAAUAUCAUAGAAUCAUUAAGGUUGCAAAAUACCUCUAAGAUCAUCCAGUCUAAUCAUCCACUCAACCUCACCAUGCCCUCUAACCACAUCCAUCAGUGCCACAUCUCCAUGUUUCUUGAACACCUCCAGGGACGGUGACUCCACCACCUUCCUGGGCAGCCCAUUCCAGUGCAUUAUCACUUUUUUGGAGAAUAAUUUUUUCCCAGUAUGCACCUGAACGUCCCCUAGCACAACAUAAGACCAUUACCUCUUGUUCCGCUUUGUCUUAAUAAGAAUAUCAAAAUAUGGUCAAUAGUGUACAGUUGUCUAACUUGGUGCUGCGGUAGGGUCAGGUAUGGCUCUGGCCUCUCUGUCUGUAUGCUCAGACAUAAAGGUUGGUGUAAUGGUUUCAUUUUCAAGGAGAUGCAUUUGCCAUGGGGAUCACUGUUCCCAGGUUUGGAUUCUGAUCACCCCCAGAAAGUUGAGAAAAAGUGAAAAAAGCUACCUGUGGAGCCUAGAAGAAUGUAGAUUUCAGUGAGAAACGAGGGGCUUGUGAAAUUUUUGCCUGCAUGUGUCUUGAAUUUAGUUUAGGUGUUUUGCAAGCAGUAAUCUUUGUAACAAUCCUCAGAGUCCUCUGGCACAGUGGGUAGUGCUGUUUACAGACAAUAAAUGUUGGUUCUGUAUGGAGGGAUGGGAAAAGAAACCACGGUUGGAGAAUGUUUGUUGCCUUGUAUGAUACUCUUAAAGCUGGUGCUGAGAAAAAAUAAUUAUCUUUAAGCAAACAACUCCAUUUGGAACAGUAAUACCCCAAAUACCCCACUUAGUCCAGAGAUGCUCUUUCCACUCUGAAUCUCUGACUUAGCUGGCUCCCUAUGUUCCUCCAGCUGGUGUUGUAAAAAUGAGAGGCAAGAUUAAAUAAACGUAUCCAGUCUAUUCCUACUUGAUUCUUAUGGCUUUGGUAGUAAGCUCAUCUGCACAGAUUUCUUAAUGUCUUGAGGCAAACUCUCCCAUGGGCUUUCGUUAGGACCACACACCAACAUUCAGUUCUCUUCUCUCAUUUUUCUCUUAAUUGCCCAUCUUCUAAUGAGCAGUCUUUGCUCUUAUUUGCUCUUAUCAAGGGUUGCAAAUAACUUCUUUUGAAUAGCUCUGAUGUGCUUAGCUACAAGGAAAUCGUAAACAGUGAGCAUCUCCGUUGUGCCUUUUGCUCUUCCCAAUAUAUGAACAGUGUGAAAAAACAGACCAGACCAGCUAGCCUAGCCGGGCUUGUUGGGCAUUCACAGAGUUGUGCAAGCCAUUCACACAGCCGUGUGAGUCCUGCUUCCUCCUGAGUUGUGGAGGGUCCUCUUUGUGCCAGAGGGAGCACAGAGAGUGCUUUGGAAGGCAGAUGAGUUAGUAAUGUGCGUUCCCACAUGCGGCAUUCCUUAAUCACAGACAAAUUUCUGUUGUUAUAGAAGAUGUUGGUUUUUAAGCUUUGCAUAAUCGUGUUUAAUAUCAUUUCAAUCUCAAAUGUUUUUAUAUUUUGCUUUCCUGGCCAAUGCAAUUUAUUACAAUUAGCUUCUAAUCUUCCGCACUGGUCUUUAUCAUCAGUUCACUUAAGAUGGGAAGCAAUUAAUAGAUCUUUGAAACAGAUGUCCUACUUAGACUGAGUGAAAUAUCUUCACAUGAUCCAGUAUUUAAUAACAAAGGACUCAAAACGAUGAUAACACCCUUAGAACGGGGAACUGUGUAGCUCCAGAGCUGCGCCGUCUCCUAUUGAUGCACCCAUAAAUCCAUUACAACUUCCAUCCAGGUGUCCCCAGCAUACGUGCACGAGGAGGACCACAGAAAGCCCAGACCCAGAGGCCAGCCCUGCCAGCCCUCACCCUUUGAACCCGAAGGCCCGAGUCUGUCCCUGGGAGGCAGAAAUGGCCAUUUGCCCUCGGGGCUCCCGGGUUGGGCGCGGACGGCCGCGGCCGUGCUGGCGUUCCGGGCAGGCCCACGAGAUGGAGCUCGUGCGUGAGACAUGGGGCUCCGAGGGCCGCGGGCAGGGCCGGGCGGGGACAUGGGCCUCGCUUUUAGCGGAUUUUUUACUUGUAUUGAGCAAGCCUGGCUUCGCGAGCGCUUGCUGCUAACUGGCAACGCUCAGCACGAAAGGUGGGGGAAAUGGGAGUGUGUUCUUGCGGCUGGAAGUGCUUGUAGCUUCCCUUGGUGUGCUCGUUGUCCUGCUGCUGACUUGUCUGGCAAAGCUGUUCCAGCUCUCACUCUCUCCGAUCUUUCUAUCCCCUAGUGUGCUUCCCAUGUGUAAUUAUAAUUCUUCCACCCCUUAGCUAUUAAACCCCUAUAAACUCACGGCACUGGAAAACUUGCUUAAUGGUUCAGAGGAAAAUAUGUGCAAUAGGGGUGCGAGGAGGAAAAGCAUUCAACCUGACACGUAGUUACCCAGCGGAAAGCUGAUCGAACUUCCCAGUGUGGCAAAGAAAGCAGCAUUAACUGUGCCUCGCACUCUGUGCACCUCCCCUCACAGAUUUUGUGUUUCACGUGCUUUUAAAAACACGUUUAUAGAAGCACAUUCGUUACUUGUGUAACCAAACAACUAAGCUAAUUCAUCACAGGGCAGCGUAAACACUCCACCCUGCAGGACAUUAUGCUUCACUUCAACAUGGGUGGUACGAGCAGCCAGGAGGUUUGGGCCUACUCCUCACAGUGUAACGCAGCAGCCUUCAGGGAAGACAGAAUGAAUGGACAUCACUAGUUCUGCUUUCUAAUGAGUUGUUAAGUAACCGUGGCCCACCUCUGUAAAGCAACGUGGCCAUCCUGACUGUGCUGAGAGCCUUACUGGGCAACGUAAAGCUGAAUUUGGUUUGCUAUCAGAUUUGUUUUAAUCUCCAUCAACCAACCAAAAAAUGCAAUCACACUGAAUGGCCACUUGCUUCAGACAACUCAAAGAUGGCCUACUGCCCCAUAGUGUGUGUUUGUGAGAAGGGAAAAACCUACAGUCAGAUGGGCUUUUAUUCUAAGCCAUGUAGGAUGAGAUUCUCUUCCACCAUGCCUUUAGGAGAAGCAUUUUGUAGUUUGCUAUCCUACGCUGCUGUUACCUGGAUCUCUUCUUCAAAGAAGUGAAUGUCAGAUCACAAAGCAUUGGUGCCAGCUGCAUGGUGCUACUGGGUAGGCUUAGAUAAGAGCUAAUGUAGCUAGAUGUAUACUUCUAGUGUUGUAUGGCUGCUAGUUGUGUUUUUAUAGUAGCCAGAUGUUCUACCGUGCUUAAUUUAACCUUUUUCUGCAUUGUUAAGGCCCAUAGUGCAGACUUUGAAAAUGGAUCAGAUCAGAACCUGUGCCUCCCCAGUUUGUUUCCUCACUGAUCUGCAUCAGUAUUCAUGGCGAAUCAAACCUUAGCUCAGACGUGUUUCCGUUUCUCCCAGCAGUGGUGUAUUUCUGCUUCCCAUGAUCUGGCUUAUGACCGGCAGUUCCCUUUUUAUCUCUUCUUUUUUCUUGAUGUUUUCUGUCUAUUAAAUAACUUACAUGUUCGGAUUUCCUAGGAACCACAAGUGUUUGCUGAUUACAUACACACAGUGAGAUGGGCCAAUGCAUUCACAGAGGUAGCCGUGCCUAAUGCACGUGGCAAUAUUGUAUUCUACAGAUGUUCAAAGAUACUAAGGAUUCUGAACAUCUUCAUAUUAAACUCUCAGCUGGGGAUCCUGGAUCUUCUGGGAAAGGGUAAAGGGAGAAAUGUCAUCAUCAUAAAUGCAGUUGGGGUGUUUCUUUGGAAUAGAGUUUGGAAUUUUAUUUUCUUCUUGCCACUGGUUAGCCAGAGGGGAAAUCUCAAGUCUUGAAAUGGGAGUGGAGGAUAUCAAAGGCUGCUCUUCAACUUGAGAUGGGAAGGAGAGGAAGAGGAGGAGGAGUUUGAUGUCAUGGAUUUUUCAGUGGCCUGGAGGGAAUUGUGUUGGGCAUCUCCAAGCUGCCCUGUGUGAAAGUGAAUCCUUCUCAGUGAGAUGUCACCAGAUAAACACAAAUCAGUUUGUCAAAUGUGUCCUGAUUUUCUGCAAAACAAAUUGAAAUCUUUUGCGUUUUACAGAUGAAUGCUUUAGGAGCCAUCAAAUUGGCCCUCAGAAUCACAAUUACUGGUUUUGCACUAAGGUUUUCUAGUGAGCAGAAUGUCCUAUUUGUCAAUGAGAGUUGCUUGCAAAAGCUGUAUGUACAGCUGAAUCUUGCUGCUCAGAGAAGAAUUUGUGGCUCUGUGGUAUGAGUGUGUAAUACUGUGAUUGAAAACAGCGACUUGAACAAACACUUUGCAGUGACGUGUCGAAAACCAUUGUUUUUUGAAGACAGAAAUAUAACGAGAAUUUAGACCUGGGAUGUGUCUGUGGGAACACCUAGCCACAUAAGAAUUAAAGAGUGCAUGUUCUAGAUGAAAGCAGCCUGUAGUUCACAUUGCUUCUAAUCAUCGUACUGUUCUCUUUUAUUAAAUUCAUUUGUUUUAAUUAGCAGAAUAGAUAGUUUGCAUCUGAGUUUAAGAGGUCUAUUGGACACUUGAGAUUAAAUCAAUGGUUUGUUAACAGUUUUAUCUGGGAAUUAGAUUAUUUAAAUUAUGUGAAAUAGCACCAAUUUUCUUUUCUCUGUGGAAUAAAAUUAUGAUUAAGAAAUAAUGCUUGGAGCAAGAGAGCUCUGCUCGCCAUUAUUUUGCACACACAGAUGUGGGAUUUUGCAGUAAAAUUAUCCAUCUUUAAUUUGUUUUUCUACUAUUAUAUAAAAUUUGACAAAAUCAAAAAGGCACUACAGUGGUGUUUAACAGCAGGUGAUUUCCAGCAACAGUAUGGGAAACUCUGGUGUUCACCACUUGACUCAAUAGCAUCGUAUUUUAGAUUUUUGCUUUGGAUUUGUGGUCUUAGAGCAAAAAGUCUUAUUAAUCGGUUCAUAAAACAGUAGGAUUAAAAAGAAUGUACCGGAGGUGUAAAACAGUCAUCACCGAGAGAUUUUAAAAUUAGCUUAAUAAAUAAACCAUAAUUGGAUAAAAUAGGUGAGUAAUGAGUUCAGAGCGGCCCAAGUGUGCAAUUUCUUGAGGUCAGUGGCAGUGUGGCAGCUCGCACCACAGCUGGCGAAGCCUGGAGGGCGCAUGGCGGGGGGCCGCAAGGUUGCAUUAACCACACUUUGCCGUCGAGGUGUCUCAGUUCGUCCCUCUCACACCAGCGCUUUUAAGCCAUGCGGAAGAAGCGCUCAGCUAACUCGCAAGAUGCACGCCAACUGCUACGUGUGCUUUUGAUUUUUCUUCCUCUUGAGAGAGGGCAAAGGAAACGUCCUUCAUUACAGCAGGAAGCCAGGAAGGGAGGCAGGUCACCAUGGUUCUUUCUCUCCAUAGAUGCAUGUGGGGCAUCCACUGGCAAGUGCUGUCCCACUGCCCAUCCCCGACCAUGCAGGGCUGGAAGCAGAAGCCAUCACAGCCUUAUCACUGAUCAAUACGUCCAGCCUAAUGUCGCACUUUCUGAGGUUAAUAGAUAACAAUACCCUUUCCCUACCAGCAAACGUUAAUCGAUGGAUUACUGAGGGCAGAUCUUCAGAUCUGCGCCACAACGAGAGUCACACAAUCGGGUGAAAAAAAGAAGAUAGAUCCAGACAAUUAAACACGCACAUGCAGGCGCACACAGUGUCAUCUGUCCUCCAUUCUGAGUGCGCAGCAGUGCUGGGUGCUAAAAUUUGCAAUGAAUUAUUUAUACGAUGAAUUAGCCCUCUUCCCUCCUUCUAGAAUAUCCAAUUGCAGGUUUCCAUUUUGGUUCCAGAAAGAUUUAUUAUUCAGAUUUAUUCACGGGACGGAUUAUUAAACAUUUCCUCCCCUUUUCCCUCCGUAAUGCGUAACAUACAUCUUGUUUCUGGUAGCACCUCUCUGCUCAGGCAGGGGCUCCCAGCGUGGAGAAACGGCACACAACCCGGAGAAUUUGCUGCCUUCUUUGGGAACCAAUUACAGAUGUUCCAGAUUUUGGAUAUUGGUUUGCUCACUUAAGUCAAAACGGUUUCAGUCCCUAAGUAAAUGAACCACGGCUGCAUGAAAGAUCGCAGCUACAUGUGAGCGAGCGAUUUGGCUCUCACCACUAUUUUGACAUUCAGUUUUGUGCUCAUUUUUUUGCUGGUAAAACUCCAUUCUUUGGAAUUCUUUGAGAGACAGCAAAGAGAAGCUGAUGGCCAAAGUCACGCUGCACAGAAGUUUCCUGAUCUCCUUCCCCUGAGUGUCUCAGUUUUGCUGCCUUGGCACAAGAAGCUGCUCUUUACCACCUUCCCUCUUGCCAUGGGUGCUGUGAGCUGCUCAACCUGCUGCUAGCUGUGCUCACAGAAGCUGUCCCCGAGCUCCGGGCUCUGCACUAAGUGUAGGUCUCCCCUGUGCUUUGACAGUGCCCGUGACAGCCCAGUGGAUUCAAGUGGAAAUCACCAGCUUCCUUUCAAAUACACCUGGCUACCUCAGUACCUCCCAGACUGCUCCCCUGGCUAAGCAUGGCUCUGGGCUGUGCCCUAAAUCCCAGCAGCGAUCUACACUUCUGACAGAGAUGAAUCUGUAGCAUCCAAGCACCAGUGAUCCACACACAGAAGUGCUGGUGCUUGCAUGGCUCAGUAAAUAACAUUCAGAGGACGUGGUCCUGCUUGCACUGAAAUCACAGGCAGCAGCACCCUGUAAGAACAAUAGCACUAAAGCUGUCCUCAGGUUAGAAAUAAUCUGUGUGCCUGUGUGCAAAGCGCACGCUCUCACGAGCUCUUGGCCGGGCAGCAAUAUUUUACCUCUAAUGACCUCACGCCAGAGCCAGCCAUUUUUGCCGGCUUUCCAGAGCAAUAUUUUGCCACGAGGAGACCCUAAACGUAAACGCAUCCCCUAAGCCAAGGGCAGAGCUCCCUGCUGGCUCCUGCAUGCUACAAAGGCUUGGGGAAAGGCUAAUUUCCCUUGUUUUUCCUCACUAAUUUGGACUUGUUUCAUUAGUUUCUCACAUUUGGUAUUAUUGAGUGCCUGCAUCUUCUUCAGCAGAGGAGAAACACGUGCCGUGAGCUGAGCUUUUGUUUGUAUUUCUUCCUGAGGUGUUGCAGUUGGAGGCAAACAUUCCACUUGGAAGGAAGAAGCGGGGAUGCUGCAUGCGAGCACCAGGUAUUUGUAAGGGUAGAAACAUCCGUCACUGCCCAAACCCGAGAGCUGCUUCCGAGCGAAACGUGGCGAGGGAGAAGGAGGGGUGGGAGGGGAAGGGGCUAUAAAGCGCGGAGGGACGGGAGGGACGCAGUCCCCGCUGCAGCCCGUCCCCGUCGGAGCGGGGGUUCACCAAACACCUCCCCCCCUCCCGAAAAAGCCGGGCCCCGAGGGAGCUCCGUGACGGGACGCCGCAAGGAUGCUCCUGCUCCACUGCCCACUGCUCUUGCUGCUGCUGCCGCUCAGCUCCAGGAUGCAGAAGCUGCCUACCAGAGAUGAGGAGCUCUUCCAGAUGCAGAUCCGGGACAAAGCAUUUUUUCAUGAUUCAUCAGUCAUCCCAGAUGGAGCCGAAAUUAGCAGCUAUCUCUUCCGAGACACACCUAAAAGGUACUUUUUUGUGGUGGAAGAGGACAACACACCCCUAGCAGUAACAGUGACACCCUGUGAUGCUCCCCUGGAGUGGAAACUGAGUGUGCAAGAGCUCCCAGAGGAAGCCAGUGGAGAAGGUUCAGGUGAACCAGAACCUCUUGAGCAACAGAAACAGCAGAUUACUAAUGAAGAAGGCACAGAGCUGUUCUCUUACAAAGGCAAUGAUGUUGAGUAUUUUGUGUCCUCUAGUUCCCCUUCUGGUUUGUACCAACUAGAUUUGCUGUCAACAGAGAAGGAUACACAUUUUAAAGUGUAUGCAACUACUACUCCAGAAUCCGACCAACCUUACCCUGAAUUACCUUAUGAUCCGAGAAUUGAUGUUACUUCUCUGGGACGUACGACAGUAACGCUGGCAUGGAAGCCGAGUCCCACAGCCUCAUUGCUGAAACAGCCGAUUCAGUAUUGCAUAGUCAUCAAUAAAGAGCACAAUUUCAAAAGCCUCUGUGCUGUUGAAGCCAAGCUUAGUUCUGAUGAUGCCUUCAUGAUGGCUCCAAAACCAGGUCUGGAUUUCAGUCCAUUCGACUUCGCCCAUUUUGGCUUCCCCUCAGACAACAGUGCUGGCAAAGAACGUGGUUUCCUAAAAUCAUCAUCAAAAUUUGGGCGCCAAACAUCCUCAAAGCCGAGAGUUGACCUGCAUAAAGUUUGUAUUGGGAACAAGAACAUCUUCACAGUGUCUGACCUGAAGCCCGACACACAGUACUACUUUGACAUGUUUGCAGUAAACACUAACACAAACCUGAGCACCGCAUAUGUUGGCACCUUUGCCAGGACAAAGGAGGAGGCCAAGCAGAAAACAGUUGAGCUGAAGGACGGCAAAGUUACAGAUGUGUUCAUCAAGAGGAAGGGAGCCAAAUUUCUACGGUUUGCUCCUGUUUCAUCUCACCAGAAGGUCACCUUUUCUGUUCAUUCUUGCCUAGAUGCUGUUCAGAUCCAAGUUAGAAGAGAUGGCAAACUACUCUUGUCUCAAAAUGUGGAAGGAGUACGGCAGUUCCAGCUGCGAGGGAAAGCAAAAGCUAAGUAUCUAAUUAGGCUGAAAGGGAGCAAAAAAGGUGCUUCUAUGCUGAAGAUUCUGGCAACAACAAGGCCUAACAAGCAGUUAUUUCCUUCUCUUCCUGAAGAUACAAGAAUCAAAGCCUUUGACAAACUCCGCACGUGUUCUUCAGUCACAGUGGCAUGGCUUGGCACGCAGGAGAGAAACAAAUUCUGCAUCUACAAAAAGGAGGUAGAUGACAGCUACAACGAGGAACAGAAGAAAAGAGAACAGAAUCAGUGCUUGGGUCCAGAUACAAGGAAGAAAUCAGAAAAGGUUCUCUGUAAAUACUUUCACAGUCAGAAUAUACAGAAAGCAGUUACCACAGAGACAAUUCGGGGCCUGCAGUCUGGCAAGUCCUACUUGCUGGAUGUGUACGUCAUUGGGCAUGGAGGGCACUCUGUCAAAUACCAGAGCAAACUGGUGAAAACGAGGAAGUUCUGUUAGUGCACCUGUAAAUAGAGAUAUAUGGAACUCCACUCUGAACAUUACCCUACUUUGCAGUAUACAGAUUGACUACUUGCACAGCUGAGAAGUUGUGGCCUGUAUUUGUACUGUGUAGAAAAGAUAUCAACUUGUAUAUUUAUGUUUACAAAAGUAAUUGUUUGGAGGAACUGAGGCUGGUGCUCUCUGGCAGCAUCUGACAGCUGUACUAUCAUGUGUCUGGUGACCCACAUGCGAUGCUCAGUAGAUGUCUGAGGUAGCAGAAAACCUUGCAGGAACUGACACUCCUUCGCUUCCACGUUGCAUGAACUGCUUCUAAAUUAUUUUAUGCUUAAAAGGCUGAGAUAAAUCAUUCAUCCACAUUGUUACUCACACACAAAACACACAGGAAUACACCCUUUCUCUCAGUGUAGAUGGUAGAGUUUCUGUAAAUUAUUUUAUAGAGUCUUGUUUUAAAUGUUUAUGUUUCUAUGAUUGUAAACUAUUAAAAUCUUUCCCCAUUAAAAUACAGAUCUAAACUAAAUGUUAAUUGAGCUGCACAUGAGUCAGUUUCAUUGCUAAUGUAAAUUCUUACCUAGCUGAUUUUCACAUUUAAAUACUGUAUGUAUUUCAUGUACAAAGUUACCAUAACGUUAUAUUCCUGUACAGAAAAUUAAAAAAAAUAUUAGAUUA